AUGAUUUUCGAAAUCAAAUUUUUUUUGAUAGUUCAAUGUUUAAUUUUGAAAAAUUUAUUUGCAAAUCCAAUUUCAAUUUUGCCUGAAUCUAAACAGGUAAAUGGAACUAUUCAAAAUAAUGAAUUGAACUUCACAAAAAUUGAAUCCAACGUAAUUAAUUAUUUUAUUAGUCAAGAAAUUCAAAGUAAUUCAACAGACUUAAUCCAAUUUAUUAACCCAAGUAACGAUGAUUCAAAAAAUUUAAUUAAAACUCAGCUAGAUACCGGUCCGAUUACAACAGAAGAUUUUUUAAAAAAUUUAGCAACAUUGUCAGCUUUUUUUGCUACAACAUUCACUUCAACUCAUAUUGCAAUUGAUAAAUGUAUAAAGGCAUCAGUGCAGCUAACACUAACAGCUGGAUUAUAUUCACACUCAAUUUAUGGCUGUGGAUUGGCUUCAUUAGCUACUGCCUGUUUAUUUCCAGGAUUAUUAAUUAAUUCAUAUUAUUUUAUGGGAAAAACAAGAAGAUACUAUAAUGAUUAUAAUAAUCCAAACUAUGAUGAUAAUGAUGAUUAUAUUAGUUAUUAUGAUGAUGAUUAUUCCUUUAAACGAUUAAAUAUGAAUCGCUUAUUUUUGCAAUUUGAUCAUCAGCUUGGUACUAAUUUCUCAAACUCGAUAAAGCCAUCAAAACCAAAAAUAAGCAAUAAAGAAAUAACAACAAACUCGUUUUCAAUAACAGACAAAUUAUUUGGGGAUUUCAAUCACUAUUCAACAAAACAAAACUUUCAUAAUGAAUUUGAAGUUGAGCUUUCUGUCUCGAGAGUUAAAAAUAAUAAACUAGAAUUUUCAACAACAAUCACACCCUUGCAAACCAAAAACAAUGGACUAUCCAGCUUUUUGAAAAUUGUAGGCAAUAAAAAUAAAAAAAACAAGUCAAUUCCACAAGAAUCAAAUUGGAGCUAUAGAGUCAAAUUCACAAUUGAUAAAAUAAACGAUGAAAAUCAUACAAAUCGACAUAUUAGUUUUAGAAAAACAGUUUCGAAAAUAAUUUUAGGAGCAUAUGAGAUUCUAAAAACUAGAAAUAUAUCCAAGGUUGGUUUAUCAUAUAUGAAAAAGUUUAAAGACUCUGCUGAUUUUGAUGUUUCUAUUGUAUAUGAGUUGAAGCAGGUUUCGUAG